UUUUCAGUAAAAUGACUAACAAAACAUGGAUUUUUGACGCUAUUAAUCAGUGGUUCAAUGAUGACAUACCUGGAUUGAUCGGAUCUCUUCAAAGAUUGCCCAGUGGCUCAGAAAAUGGAGGAACGGGAUCAAGCUUCUUCCGAAGAGGAAUGAUGUCGAACGAGAGUGAAUCAUCGGCACACGAUGAUAAAGUAAUCAAAAAGCAGCCAGAAACUUCUUCGUCUUCACCAGAGCACAGGAGCCCUCGAAGAAGUAAAUCCGCACCGCCAAGUUCUUCAAAUCCACCGGCUUCGGCAUCUACAUUCUUAGAAACUGUCAAAAACUGGUUUUCCUGCUCUACUAAACCGCCUGUCACAUGUAGGACCGAAUUCACUGAAUUGGAAGCACGACCUGCCAUUCCACCGCUUGGGAACUUGGAAGGAUUGACUGAUAGUCCGACGCCACGAACUCCAGUGAAUCAAGGUCCUUCACUGCCUUACGCUGGUGGUCGAGAAGCGUUAGGAAUUCCGUUUAUGGAUCGAACACCAUCGGAUACAGAAAGAACGGAUGAAGCUUCAACAUCAUCCAGAUUGCCUACUGGUACGACAGGUUCCGGAAUCACAUUUCCUGCAAACAAGAAUAACGACUCCGAUAAAGCCUCUCAAGCUUCCGUGGAUUCUGAUCUGAAACGAGAAACUCAAAUCCCGAAUUAUCCUCGUCGAAGACCGGAUUCCGAUCCACCUGGCGGUCGUGUAACAUCUCCAAGCGAUGUGCAAUCGGGAGCAUCUUCACACACAAGAGAAUCUGACGAGACACCAGACAUAUCCGCAGAUGGAGCAAAAAAAUUAGAUAAUAUCACAGAGGAAUCUGGUACUCCGGAAGAAGAGCUUAUGUCUGGUCGUGACAGCGAAGACGAAGGACUUCGUAGAAAGCGCCCAAAAUUACAAGUUGAAGGCAAAGAUGUCAAAAGAUCAGAUUGUUACUCUCCUUCGGAAUGCUCGACACAACCCAGCUCAGGUUCUUCAACGGCUCUUAUUGUCCCGACGAAAGCCGGGAAAUCAAGUGAUGACCUCCGAAAGGCACGUGCUGAUAGAAAAGCUGAACAAAAGGCUGAGAAAGCGCGGAAAAGGCCAUCGAAUCCGUCUGAAAAGAAACUCACUUCAGCGGAAAAGUUAAUGGCCGCCAGUAAUAUUCCCAAAGAUGUGAGCCCAGCAACAAAUGCUGUACUUUUGGAUAAACUUCAUGAUAACAUGGCUGGAUACGGUAAGGUCGACGAUGUCGAUGAAGAUGCUGGAGAUGGUCAAGGUAGCAGUGACAAAAAUAACAAAGAUGACGAAGACGACGACGAUUCGAUCUUUGGCAAAGUGGUAAAAGACUAUGAGGAUAACCUUUUCGAUCUAUUUUAAUUUUCUUGUUCUGUAUUCACUUUUAUUACUGAAUUAUGUACUAAUUUAAACUUGAUUGUGUAUAUUUUAAAAAUCGUUUCAAUUGUCUUAUACUAAUACAAAGCAAAAGAAAAAAUAAAGAAAGCGUUAGCGUUAA